CCACCACCAGCCUGGUCCCUGAGUAACUACCUCCACCUCUUCUUACCUACACUACCUCAUCUACCUCAACUUCAAGCUUCAUCGCCUCGCAGGGGACCCAAAGCCCUCUUCCCGCCGCCGCCGCCGCCGCCGCCUCCUCCCGCACCUCACCUGAAACCCCUUCCGGAUAUCCUCCCAGCCCCUUUCCCCCGUCCCUCUCACUCCUGCGGUCCCACCUCCAAACACGCGCGCACGCGCCCGGUUCUCCCGGAGGAGCCUAGAGCAGAGGGACAGACGCAGCCAUGUCGCAGUUCAAGGACGUGAUGAAGAAGGGGUGGCACCCCGAAAAGUCAAAGUCGAGCUCGGGAUCCGGCUCCGGCUCCGGCUCCGGCUCCAAAUCAAUCACGGGCAUGGGCAUCAGAGGCAAAGCCUCAGGCCUCAUAGGCCGCAAUAACGGUGACUCGAGGGACGAGGAUCGCGCCAACCACGUCUCCCGCCCGCUCGCCUCCCUCAAGGAUCCCGCGUCCUUCGCCCCUCCGCCCAGGCGCACCGGCGCCGGCCUCGCCCCCGCGCCGCCUCCCUCCACCGAGAAGCGCAAGGUCAUCGCCGCGCCUUCCAAGUACCAGGACCCCCGGGCCCCCCCUCCUCCGCCGUCACGACAAGACGAAGAGUACCAGCAGCAGUUGCAGCUCGAGGCCCCGUCCGAGGAACCCCAACAACCUCGCCCCUACCGCACCGACACGAGCGGCCUGAGGACCGACCACCUCCCUCCGCCGCCCGGUCGCAGAGACGGUGCCGACGGCAGGAGCCCGCCGCCCUAUGAGGCCGUCGCCGGAGGUACGCGCGCUGCUCCUGCCCCUGCUGCUGCGGCGCCGCCGAGCCUGCCGCCGCGGCUGCCGCCCCGAACGAACAGCGCGAGCCCCCAGGGCGGGAGCCCGCACACCGCCGUCAGUGGUAGUGGCGGAUACUUGAACGCGGGCGCCGUCAACAGGCUGGGCGCCGCCGGCGUCUCCGUCCCUGGCCUCGGCAUCGGUCGCUCAAGCCCUGCCCACGCCGGGUCCCCGAGCCCGCCUCCCCCGCGACCCGCCGCUGCCGCCGGUGCGGGCAACGGCAACGGAAACGGCGGUGGCUACGGCGCGCAGGUCAACGAGCUACAGAAUAGGUUCUCCAGGCUGGGCUCCUCUGCCUCGCCCGGGUCUGCGUCGCCGGCCCCCGCGCCCGCUCCCCCCAGCCAGGGCACCACGUGGGCGCAGAAGCAGGCCGCCCUCAAGACGGCCUCGUCCUUCCACAAAGACCCCUCGUCCGUGUCCCUCUCCGACGCAAAGGCCGCCAUCGGCACCGCCAACAACUUUCGCCAGCGCCACGGAGACCAGGUCGCCGCGGGCGCGAGAUCCGCCAACAGCCUGAAUCAAAAGUACGGGUUCGCGGACAAGGCUGGCGCUUUUGCCGGCCGGGGACAAGCGGCGUCAGCGCAGACCAACGCCGGAGAUUCCAGUGCCAAUGUCAAUGUCAACGCCGUGGCCACGGCGCUCGCGGGCAAGAAGAAGCCGCCGCCGCCGCCGCCGCCCAAGAAGAAGCCCGGGCUGGGCGGCUCGUCAAACGCGCCUCCCGUCGAUGACGACACCCCGCCGCCGGUGCCGAUGUCUACGCGACCGACAUUUUAGCCUCUCUACUCCUACGGCAAUUUUGCAUCUGGGCGGCGUCAGUUUUAGUGCGUUGGCGGGCUUUUAAAUUCUGUCGGCGUGCAAAGAAGUAUUCACAUUCACAAGACGGAGUUGAGCGACGUAUGGGAUGCUGCGACGGGCAUGAGACUCGUUACUUUUUUUGGAAUCCCGUCCGUAGGGUAGGGGUUUUUCACCCGGCUCCGGGGCAAGACGAAAUAGUAUGGCUUCUCCU